CUGCUCGCGAGUGUCGCUCAACAGUUUAGGAUCGACAACAGGAACGUUAAGUUGCGUAACAAGCGAGCAGAAGGAGGUUUCUACAUGCAAUCUUUUAACUUGAUGUUAGAAUAAGCUUGCACUAAAUCGCUGCUGCGUUAUCUACAUAUUCUCCUGCUUGAACAAUAGGGCUGUAGAACGUUUACAAAAGGGCCACAGAAUUGGCGUUAUUAGUAGGAUAUCCUGUUAAUGUUAGUUGUUUUGCAUGUUCAUAUAUAAUAACACAGUUGAAGAACACUAGCAUGAUCCAUUCUGCUAAUUGGCGCCCACAGACCGCUAAGGACGUCUUUGUGAAGCUGCUUGGGGCUUUUGUUGUGAUGAUCUCAUGAAAUAUCACAGCUUGCUGUUACUGUGUUAGAUACCCUGUUUACUAGAUUAGAACCAUGAAGGCAACACUACUAUUACUCUUGUUUUCUACCUUUACCAUCACAGGCUCAGCCAGGAGAGGAGGUAAGUUAGCUACAGCUCACUACAGAACGGCGUACGCCUGUGAGGGACGCGAUCUCAACAUUACUUGCAAACCAGGAUAUCGUAUCAAUCUGAUCCGUGCUAACUUUGGCAGGUUUAGCAUCGCUCUCUGUAAUGAAAACGGUGCUUUGGAUUGGAGUGUGGACUGCAUGUCUAAAAUAACCUCCCGAGUAAUGCAGGAUAGAUGUGAUAUGAAGAACAGCUGUGGACUACCAGCGUCCAGCUUGGUAUUUGGGGACCCUUGUCCUGGAACGCUGAAGUAUUUGGAGGCUCAGUACCGAUGUGUGCCAGAGAUUAUUUCAACAACCACCAGGCGUCCACCCCCGAAAAUAUUUUUUCCAACAACACCUCCACCAAACACCAAGUCAACCACAGAGUUUGGAAACUCUUUAAAAACAUCUUCCACUGGGAUUACACCAUCUUCCACAACAACUGUUUCUUCAGCGUUAAAACCAACGAGAAGCUCAGUACAAGUGAUCUUAACAGUAGUUCCACCAGGAGAUCCAGUUAUAGUUACCUUCUCAAAUAACUCGGAUACUAAAUACUGUCCACCAGUGACUUCUCGUGGACUAUUUUGGAACUGGACUCGCAUAGGACAUGUAGUAGAACAGAAGUGUCCAGAUGGUGCAUAUGGAAAAGCUAGAUGGACUUGCAGUAGCUCCACAAAUUAUUGGUACCCUAAAAAACCAAAUUUUGGAAAUUGUAGUUCACUGUGGUUUGGUAAUUUUGUAGUUGAAAGGAUGCAUGGAGUAAGUGUGAUUAGUAAAGAUGAAUCAGUAAUGAAUGUGGCAGAAGACUUGGCUCGAAGGACUACAAAGAGGCGACUCUAUGGUAAAGAUAUUAUAGAAGCUAUUUUUGUUAUGAGAGAUCUUGUCUCAGCCACCAAAAAGCAGUCUUAUUACUAUAAUCAGAACCAGCAGAAAGAGUUGAUGCAGUCUUUAGUGAAAGUCAGCAGCAAUUUGUUAGACAGAAAACAAACAGAGUCUUGGGAAGACUUAACUCUCAGUGAAAGAAGGUUUUCAGCAUCUACAAUGCUAGAAAACUUAGAAGAGAAUGCAUUGUCCCUUGCAGAAACACAAAGAACUGGAGACUAUUUUACACGUGCAGAAGAAAAUGUUUUGGCUUCAGUGCAAGUUGUUAAAGCUCAACAAACUUCUUAUAUGGUAUUUCCACAACCUAGGGACAUUAUGGGCACAACAUGGGUGGGAAUGGAAGAUUCAGUUUACAUUCCUGGUUCAGUAAUUCAACACUAUUCCAGGUUUUCUCGAGGCUAUGUCAGUGUAAUAUUUAUGGCAUACAACAAUAUUGAGAGCAUGCUUAAAUCACAGUCCAUGCUAAUUCAACAUAGCCCAUCUCAAGGUCAGCAAGAAGAUUUAGUAAAGAAAGUGGAACAAGUUGUGAACAGUCACGUUAUAUCUGUGUCUUUUGGGAAUGUUCAGUCUACAUGGUUGCCUGAACCUAUUAUUCUAACAUUUUCAAGUUUACAUCGAAAAAAUGCCACAGAUCCUCGCUGUGUUUUCUGGGACUUUGAAACUAAUGACUGGUCUAGUCGAGGAUGUGGUGUUAUGUCCUUCAACGUGUCCCACAUUGUGUGUUCCUGCAGGCAUCUAACAAACUUUGCAGUUCUUAUGACCAUCAAACCAUUUGAACUGCCUACCGAGUACAGCAGAACGUUAUUGGUGAUCACAUAUGUUGGUUGCUUUAUUUCCAUCGUUUCACUUCUUCUGGCAGUUAUUACCUUCCUGUGCUUUAGGGCCUUGCAGAAUGAUCGAACAACAAUCCACAAAAACUUGUGUCUUUGUCUCCUAGUGGGUGAAGUCCUGUUUGUAGCUGGUAUCAACCAAACGGCUGUCCCAGUUCUAUGUAGCAUUGUGGCAGGACUUUUGCAUUACAUCUUUCUGGCUGCUUUUGUGUGGAUGUUUUUAGAAGGCUUCCAUUUGUACAUAAUGCUGGUUGAAGUGUUUGAGUCAGAUAAAUCUCGAGUGAAGUGGUUUUAUUUGCUGGGAUAUGGAGUGCCUGCUCUUAUUGUUUCUAUUUCAGCAGCAGUAGAUUCUCAUAGCUAUGGCACUGACCACCAUUGUUGGUUGAAGGCCGACAACUAUUUUAUUUUCAGCUUCGUAGGACCUGUUAUAGCAAUUUUGCUGGCCAAUAUGGUGUUCUUGAGUAUAGCAGUAUUCAUUAUGUGUCAUCAUGGAAACUUGAAAACUUCUGUGAAGGCAAAAGAACAAGCUAGAUUAACUAAACUUGGCGAUGAGGACGGCCCAUCUCACCGUAAGGUUUUAAUUGCGNUAUGGAUUCGGGGAGCAUUGGUACUUGUUGUGUUGUUAGGCCUGACUUGGGCUUUUGGGUUACUCUACUUGAACCAAGAAUCUGUCAUCAUGGCAUAUGUUUUUACUAUUCUGAACAGUCUCCAAGGGCUUUUCAUUUUCCUUUUCCACUGUGUCAGGAAUGAAAAGGUACAGAAAGAAUAUAAGAAACUCAUUCACCAAUCAGAUUGGCUUCCUAAUUGUCUUUGUAGACAAAGAUCACAAGAACAGCAUUCUAGUGUUGCCACUUCAUCCAUUACACAGCCAGUCUGUUCUCACAGUUCUCCUCCACAGUCUUGGGUUACAAUUUUAGGACAUGAUAAACCCUUGGUUACUUCAUCUGUAAUCAACACUGCACAAGACCCUAUAAUUUCCAGAGGAAUAAACCAGGACAGAAGACCUUCAAAAAGCAGCACUGUGUCCUCUCAGACUCUCUCUGGAAAGUUUCAACUAAGAAGCACACUUGGAAACCAUAUUCUUGAUGAAGAUCAAACAGAGCAGGAUGGAAAAUGGGGAAUCAAUAAAUCCAAUAGACCUUUAGCUCCUGGAAGUGUGAUUAAAAAUCCAAUGAAAGCAUAUGAUCUUCAUUAUCAGUGUAGACAACAAGGUGCAAUACAUUUGUAUGAUUUUGAUCAAAGAAUGAAUUCAUUUAUGGAUCAUAUUUAUGAGUCUAUUGAUGCUGAUCAGGAACCUCUGUCAUGGUCCACUGAUUGGUGUCCACCUUCAGUUUCUUGUCACCACAUGCCAUCUGAUAGACACUUUAGAUAUAAUUACAGUCCCAGUCAACAAUCUGCAUCAAGUUUUGUCUGUGAUCAGCACCCACUGAUUCCCUUUAAUCUGACAGAGACAAAAGUGACUGUAAAUCAAGAUCGCAAACUUAGCCAAACACUUCAUUCUAUACCCAAGGUCUCUCCAAGCCAAGUAGUUAACCAAAAAGAAAGUCCUACAGAUUCUGACAAUUCAUCAGGCAGUUCUAUAGACAAUAGAGGAAAUUAUUCCUCAUCUACUCUUCCUGCUCAUUCCACCACCCCAAGCAGUGAGUUCAGUGAUGGACAAAAAACUAGUCAGUCUUGCCAUAGGUACCUGCCAGCUGUUAAGCCCUGUAAGAACAAUCAGGAUAAGACUGAAACAACAGACUCCAGUUUGAGCAUUUACAGUAACAAUGUUGUAAGAUCAGACUGCUACCCUGACCAUAGCUUUAUUUCAAUAGACCAAACAAGGUAUCCUAGUGACAUUGCAGUACUAGAUUACUCAGAGAGUUUUUGUAGUGAUAAUGCUUUAAUGGACAACAUUCAGAAAGAUUGCUGUAAUAGUUACAUUUUAACAGAUCAAAACAAACACCCUAGUGAUAGUACUGUAGUAAUGGCUGUUUUGGAUGGUGAACGAGUAGUAUGUAAAGUUCAGCCUGAAGACUUAAUGUAAUUUGGUGGCAAUUCAAGACACAAGCCGGUAUAAUUUAAAAUUUCAGUUGAUGAUGAAGGGAAUUGUAGAUUCUUGCUGUUUGUAUAGCCUUUGUACAAAGAUGCCUUUCACUGUCGCCAAAGCUGAUACUGCUGUGUAAAAUAAGUUGCCUUGACUUUACUUGUGUGAAAUGUGCUGAUCACUUUUUCCUUCUGUGUCUUAAUGUAAUUACGUCCAAGAUUUCAUCGAUAUCUCUUCUCUUGCAAGAUGUCAUUAUUUUGUCCAACUUCAUUCUGUUGCUAAAGCUGACCUAUAAAACCAUUUUAGAGAUUUAUUUUCUUAUUUCUUAUCUUCUAGCUUGUUUCCUUUAUGUUAGAUUUUAAAAAUUACAGAAGCAACUUUUUCGUUUUUAGAAAAGCAUGUUACCUCCUACCAUAAUGGACACAAACACCCUUUAUUCUCCUGAAGAAGAAUAGUCAAUUAUUCAAAAGCACUCGAGUUUUGGGUCUCUUUUUAUUUUUAAUCAUAACAUAAACAAA